AUGAGUGAAUCAUUGCUGCCGGAUGGGAUGGCGGAGGCUAUCAACGCUACCGUAAUCUUCCCUUCAGGCACGGUGGAAACGAGGCCUACUCAGUUGUGGGAGGUGAUCGUGGUGAUCUCAUGUCCAGUCCUUUUCGUACUGUUCCUCUGUUGCUGUGUCGUAUGUAUGAUCAUCAAAAACUAUGACCGACAACCAGCAGUAGAACCGUCACGAAGGCGGAAUCUGGGUCGAAUCAUGCGACAACUGCCACCUCCACCUAAAUAUGACGUCGAACCAGCAGUAGAACCGUCAAGAAGGCGGAAUUUGGGCCGUAUCAUGCGACAACUGCCACCUCCACCUAAAUAUGACGUCGCAGUCGCCUCAAGUCAAUCACCACCACCGCUCUACUCGGACAUUGAGAAAGGAGUGAUUUUCGAUCCUCUGCGCUCUCUGUCCAGUACAGCUCCAUCUUCACCAACUAGCCCUGAUGCACCGCCUUUGACAAUACAGUAUCUCUAUCCACCUCGUUAUGAGUCGCCAGCAGUCCACAGCUCGGUCACUUGUACAGAAUCGGAUCGCUCCGUUUCGCCUGUUUCCAAUUCAAUUGAUUCUUCUGAUCGCCCUCCUGCCGUUACCCACCGACCUUCGGUUACAGUAGUUCUUAUGAGCGGUGCGUUGUGA